AUGACAUUGGAUGAUAUGAAAGAAAAUGUUUUAAGGAGGUUUUUAGUGAAUGUAUCCAAGGGGAAAUAUAAAAGAGCAAGGUCAAAAGCUAUAGAGAUGAUAGAAGUAAGGUUUGAGGAACACUAUGGUAGGGUUUGGGACUAUGCUGAUAGAAUCCUCAGGGUUUGGGACAAUACAAAUGAAAUCUUCAGGACUGUGAGAUGCGGAAAAUGCCAAGAGCUUGGGCAUAACAAGAUUUCUUGCAAGAAUGAUGAAGGUCCUAAAGAUCCUAUUCAAAAAAGGAAGAUUGGAAGACCAAGGAAAGAUGGAUGUGGUCAACCAUAUUUUGACCAAUUCCCACCUAAAAGGACCGGAACAGGGAUGGAUGGUGAAGGGACAAAUAAGAACAAUGUUCAACAUGAAGAUAUUCAACCUACUCAAAAUCUAAAAGAGAAUGUGGCUAAUGAAACUGCUCAAAGUGAUGAUGAAGAUGUUCAACAUAAUCAAAGGAUCUUAGUUACUCUAAAGAAAAGGAUAAAGAUGAAGACAAGGAGGGGGCAAAAGAAGUGGGACAAGGGAGGAGACUGUGAGAAAGAUCUUGAGGUUAAGGAAAAGAUAACUAAGGUUGAGGAGAAGGUGAAUGAGGUUAUGGUGAAGGAGCCUGAGGUUGAGGAGAACAUGACUGAGGUUGAGGAUAAGGAGAAUGAUGUUGUGGAUAUGGAUCCUAAGCUUAAGGUGAAAGGGACUGAGGUUAAGUACAUGGAGACUGAUAUCCAAUAG